AUGGAUGUACCAAUUCUUGAUAAAGCUGCUGCAGCCCUUUGCAUAACAUCGUGCAGUGUACAGAACUGUGGAACCGGAUUGUGCAAGAAGUCUCGCACAGAGGAUUAUCGGAUCGCGUCAUCGGAUAUUGGUGGACAAAUCAUAAUUUCUGAGCCAAUUUCAGCAUCGAAGAGAUGCCAAUUUUCUCACGCAUCCACCAAUGUGCUCAGUAUGAAGUGGUUUGUAUGGAAGGACAUGAGCCGCGAUUUUCUUUUGUCACUCCAUUCUGGAGAUACUCUUAUUCUUUGGAACACAGAUAAUGGAGAGAAAAUCUGGUCUGUCUCAUAUAACGUCCCACUUUUUGAUCUAGCAAUCGAUCCUUUCGACCCGUGCCAUGCCUCAUUUUCCUCAUUAGGAUGCAAUAUUGCGUUAUGCUCUGAUAUCAGUUUCAAUAAUACUCCGUCAAGUACUUGCCGAACUGUAGUGAUAUGCGAGGAACAGAUCAAAUCUGCCACAAGCAUACAAAACCUCGUCUAUCAUAAUGCUUACCGUAAUAUCCUCUUCGUUGUUACUCAAUCACAGGUGCAUUGCUUUCAUACCGAACUUUUUGCGGUGUUGUUUUCCAUGACGCACGAACCAAAUAUCAUUUCGUGGCUCUGCUGUUCUUCAAGCGAUGCAAUAUUUUCCGUACAAGCUGGUGGGGCUGUCUCGCUAAGAGUUGGAAAAUUCUCAUCGAAUGAUGAAAGAGCAGAUGCACAGUUUGCGCUAGAGAGGAUCGCAUUCGGUGACAUCCAGCGUCAGGGUAACCAACAACGAGCUGUGGGUGCGUGUCUUUGUCCAGUCACUCAAAGCUUGCAGGAAUUGUAUAUCGCUAUUGCUAUCUCUGGUGCUAUACAGUAUUUAGCUCUGGAAUGA